AUUUGUUCAAUUUGUGAUAAAGCAGCUGCUCACUUCCUCACAGAUGCACAGAGAAGAACAGAACGAAGAGUCUUAUUCAAUGGUCUGAGCUCAUGAGAUCCGGGCAACAAACAUCACACCAGCAAUGUUUGUCGUUUCGCGAAUGAUCUUUCUUCAUCUCCUCCUCAUUGUCCUCCUGCACAUUUCUUCAACUUCAGAGAAGACAGGCUCCUACAACACUGGCAUUUGGAGUUCAGGAGAUUGUCUUGACCAGGACCACACCCCUAAAUGCACUGAAGCAACUGCCAUGUGAUUGGUUGAUUAGAUUAUUGCAUUAAUGAGAAAUUGAACAGGUGUUCAAUACUUUAGCUGCUCACUUCCUCACAGAUGCAGAGAGAAGAACAGAACGAAGAGCCUUAUUCAAUGGUCUGAGUUCAUGAGAUCAGGGCAACGAGCAUCACACCAGCACCAUUGCAAUGUUUGUCUUUUCUCGAGUGAUCUUUCUUCAUCUCCUCCUCAUUGUCCUCCUGCACAUUUCUUCAACUUCAGAGAAGACAGGCUCCAACAACACUGGCAGGGGGCGAGGCCUUGCACUCGUUAAUCAUACAUUACCGGAUGAGCAAAAGGAGCAGAUACAAAGCAAUGUCAUUGUACUGCUGGUUUCCCUCCUCUGCCUCCUGUCCUUCAUCAUUGGGUUUCCUGCCAACUCGCUUGCCCUCUGGGUGCUGCUCUUCCGAACCAAGAAGCUUCCUUCCACCAUCCUGCUGAUCAACCUCACCAUCUGUGACCUCAUGUUUCUGCUGGUGUUGCCUUUUCGUAUUGUUUAUCACUUCCAGGGCAAUGACUGGACUUUUGGUGAACCAUUCUGUCGUAUUGUGAUUGCACUAUUCUAUGGAAACAUGUAUGGUUCAGUGGUUUGUCUGGCACUUAUUGCUGUGGAUCGCUAUGUAGCUGUAGUUCAGCCUCUUAGUGCCAAGUCAUUCCGUAGUAACAGGAAUUUUGGGUGUAUGAGCGUAUUGGUUUGGGUAGUGGUUGCAACAGCAGCUGUGCCCUUAUUAGUCUCCAAACAAUCUUAUAAAAUAAAAGACCCUCAUAUAACAACCUGCCAUGAUGCUCUUCCACCAGAUCAGCAGGAAAACUUCUUUCUGCCUUAUUUUAUUGCCCUCUUCUCCAUCUUUUUCAUGAUUCCAUUGCUGGUAGUGGUGUUUAGUUAUGUUUCCGUCCUACGUACCCUUAUAGGUAAAGGGCAACGUUAUGCCUACGCUGUGAGAGUUAUUGUGUUGAUGUUGAUAGUGUUUGUGGUUUGUUUUUUGCCAAGCAACGUUCUUCUACUGUUGCAUUACUCAAAAUCAGACUUUAUUAAUAAUGAUCUUUACGUUCCAUACCUGAUCAGUUUGUCUCUCAGUACCUUUAACAGCUGCAUUGAUCCCUUCAUUUUGUACUAUUCAUCUAAAAACUUCAGGAAGAAAUGUUAUAUAAAAAGUGAAUCGGUAUGAUUUUAUCACUUAAAGUACAUCUGAAGCAGCAGUGCUGCGAUCGAUUAUUACAAAUUAUUGUUCUUUGUAUUUAACAUUUAAUGUUUAUAGAGCUCCCUGAUAAUGAGGAUUAAAUCAGGUGUUAGACAAAUUUGCAGGGAUGUGUUAAGAAAUUAUUUUAACAUUAAGUUGUUUGUUGCGUUUAUUUUCAUUUCUGUUUUGUCCAUGGCAGUUUCCAGAACAGGGUUUAGAUUAAACCAGGAGGCCUCAGUUAUACUGGAACAUUUAAGAAGUUUUUACAAACAAAUAUUACAAAAAAUAAUUCUGGUGUACAUCUUGAGACAAAACAAUGGCACUGAUAUAUGUCAAGAUAUGUCAGUGCAAGGUUUUUUUUAAAUUAAGGCAGCUCAAACAUGCACUUUAGUCUGGGACUAUAAGCUCUGUCUGGAAAUCAUGGUUUUGUUAAUCACCAAUUUUUACUGUGUAUGAAAUGUGCUCUAUAAAUAAACUUGCUUUGACAAAUGAGGGAAAACAUUAAAUAGAAGUAUAGCACUUAACCAACAUGUUUAAAUUAAUUGCAAAGAUUAAAUAAAUGUAUUUAAAAUAUUUAUUUUGGUAUAAACUUUACUCAGUCUAUGUACAUAU